UGGCAAGUAGCCGAAGAGUUGCAGUUUCGCGAGGGCGACCUCGGGCCAUUCCAAAGAGGGACGAAAAAUUAAAUAGCCCAAUUUAGCCCGUUUGCCCGUUUCAGUGAACCUAAGUGCAAUCUAGGAUCAUCGCGCGACGAUCCGGCAAGAAAGCGAGUCGAAAGCGAACCGAAAGAAUGUUCACGUUCGGGAUCCUGCUACUAGGCGCAAUCGCGCUGACACACGCCGCGUUCAAUUGCCCGAACAAGGACGGCCAAUACGAGGACAGCAAGCAAUGCGACAAGUAUUACGAAUGCAUCGACGGCGUGGCGGCGGAGAAGCUGUGCCCGGAUGGUCUCGUGUUCGAUCCCUUGAAUCGCAAGGUCAACAAGUGCGACCACGUCUUCAACGUCGACUGCGGCGACCGUCUCGAAUUACAACCCCCGCAGCCAACGAAGAAAUGUCCGCGAAGAAAUGGUUUCUUCGCGCAUCCCGACCCGACAGUGUGUAACGUUUUCUAUAACUGCAUCGAUGGAGAGGCAAUCGAGAUCACGUGCACCACCGGGUUGCACUUUGACGAAUACAGCGGAACUUGCGUGUGGCCGGAUAGUGCAGGUCGCGAGGGCUGUGGAGUCAUGGGCAAGAAGCUGAAGGAUGGCUUUGAGUGUCCAACUGAAAGCCAAGUCGACAGCAGGGGCAUGCUAAUUGACCAUCCCAAAUUCGCGCACCCUGAAGACUGCCAGAAAUUCUAUGUGUGCCUGAACGGUGUGACGCCACGCGAGCAAGGUUGCAGCGAUGGCACCGUUUACAACGAGGAACAGCAAAGGUGUGAUGCACCCGAGAACGUCCCCGGAUGCGAGGACUGGUACAAGGACGACGUUAAGAAGCCGUAAGGAAGUCGUCUACACUCAUCUGUCCCGCAUCGGGACGCCGCACGUUCACUUUUAAUCACGUGUCACCCCCUUCGCCCAGCGUGUAACUUCAUGUGUGUGUUUAGCCAUUUGAAUGUCUUGGAAUACAUUUUAUUUUUACUUUA